UGACCAUAACAUGGAAUCAUCACAUCUGAUAAAUAGUCGACUCUUUUUGUAUAUCCCAAAAACGAGCAAAAUUCGUUGAGCACAAAACCUGGGCUAGUAUUCAACUCAAUUUCCUCCCAUCUUCAAGAAGAAUGGAUCUGAUAGACAAGGCGAAGAAAAUUGUGUCAGAUAAGGUAGCAAACAUGGAGAAACCUGAGGCAACCAUCAUGGACGUGGAUCUUAAGAAGAUCGGUUUUGUUGGCCUUUCCUUUCAUGCUAAAGUGGCCGUUAAGAAUCCAUACUCCGUUCCUAUCCCCAUCAUGGAAAUCGAUUACGUCCUCAAAAGUGCUGGCAGGGUAAUAGCAUCAGGAAGAAUUCCAGACCCAGGGAACAUAAAGGCAAAUGACUCGACCAUGUUGGAUGUGCCAGUGAAGGUUCCUCACAAUGUGCUAGUGAGCUUGGUUAGGGACAUUGGUGGAGAUUGGGACGUUGACUAUACACUGGAAUUAGGUCUCAUCAUUGACCUUCCAGUCAUUGGCAACAUCACCAUUCCUCUCUCUUAUAGCGGCGAGUAUAAGCUUCCUACUUUGUCCGAUUUAUGGAAGGGUGGAAAAGAAAAGAAAAAAGAAGAAGAAGAAGAGGACGAGGAUAAAGAAGAUCCAAGAAAAGUUAUAGAGAUAUGAAGUACCAUAGCUCUCUAAUAUUGUGGCUUCUAUUUAUGUGCCUAAUUUCUCUUCUAUUGUUUUAUAAUUUAAUAACACAACAUUUGUUCCUUAUGUCAUCUGAAGGUUACAAAAUUGUCAGCUUUUUGCAAUAUUUAAGGUUCAAUCAAUGUAUGUGGUAGUACUUUUCUCC